CCUCCAGCAGAUUACUGACAGACACAGCAAAGAGAGACAAGAUCCAACGGAACCUCCUCAUAAUCCGUCUUAAUCCGUGGACUAUUAACGCGGAUCCAUAUCAAAACCAGCGAGAGCAUAAAGUACAAGUGUAACCCUUUUGAACAAGCUGCGUAUUAUCACAAUAUGAGUUUAGUAGUGUUUUAAAAGCAGAGGCGACAGAUAGUGCGAGUUGAGUUGAUCCGGUGACAACAGACAGGAGAGCCCGUCGUUGCUCGGAGAGCUGCUAAAGGCUUUCUGUGUCGGAUGUUAAAACCGCUUCUGCUGUUAAACCGGCUCUUGGGCUUUAAACCGGAACCUUUGUGGAUAUUUGUGGAGCUAGCGAUCACAGAUCGCUCACCAUGGAGCUGAGAGUGGGGAACCGCUACAGACUGGGCAGGAAGAUAGGAAGUGGAUCGUUCGGGGACAUCUACCUGGGUACUGACAUCUCCGUUGGAGAGGAGGUAGCCAUCAAGUUGGAAUGUGUGAAGACCAAACACCCACAGCUCCACAUAGAGAGCAAAAUCUACAAGAUGAUGCAGGGUGGAGUGGGUAUCCCGACGAUAAAGUGGUGCGGGGCCGAGGGUGACUACAACGUGAUGGUGAUGGAGCUGCUGGGGCCCAGUCUGGAGGACCUGUUCAACUUCUGCUCUCGCAAGUUCAGCCUGAAGACAGUCCUGCUGCUGGCCGACCAGAUGAUCAGCCGCAUUGAAUACAUCCACUCCAAGAACUUCAUCCACAGAGAUGUGAAGCCAGACAACUUCCUGAUGGGUCUGGGCAAGAAGGGCAACCUGGUCUACAUCAUCGACUUCGGCCUGGCCAAGAAGUAUCGCGACGCCCGCACACACCAGCACAUCCCCUACCGCGAGAACAAGAACCUGACCGGCACCGCCCGCUACGCCUCCAUAAACACACAUCUGGGCAUCGAACAGUCCAGACGGGACGACUUGGAGUCGCUGGGCUACGUCCUCAUGUACUUCAACCUGGGUUCUCUGCCCUGGCAAGGCCUCACCGCCACCAAGAGGCAGAAGUACGAACGCAUCAGUGAGAAGAAAAUGUCCACGCCCAUUGAGGUCCUCUGCAAAGGCUACCCAUCGGAGUUCGCCACCUAUCUGAACUUCUGCCGCUCUCUGCGCUUCGACGACAAACCCGACUACUCGUACCUGCGCCAGCUCUUCAGGAACCUCUUCCACAGACAGGGGUUCUCCUACGACUACGUCUUCGACUGGAACAUGCUCAAAUUUGGUGCCAACAGGGCCGUGGAGGACGCAGAGAGGGAGCGUCGGGAGCGGGAGGAGAGGCUGAGGCACAGCAGGAACCCCGGGGCCAGGGGCAUUCCCUCGGCCUCAGGAAGAGCCAGGGCUACUCAGGACGCCGCUGCCCCCUCGCCACUCAACCCCGCCUCACACACAGGUAUGGAGAAGGAGAGGAAGGUGAGCAUGCGUCUUCAUCGUGGGGCACCCGUCAACAUCUCGUCUUCAGACCUGACGGGACGCCAGGACACAUCGCGCAUGUCCUCACAGGCCCUGUCCCGGGUCACACCCAGCGGCCUCCAGUCUGCAGCUCCACGGUGAAACCCUCCCUCCAUCCACCUGAGCACCACGGAGGCCUCAACAUGCACCGCCUGCAGCACACACACACACACACACACACACACACACACACACACACACACACACACACACACACACACACACACACACACACACACGUACGGCGGGUGGAGUACAGUCUGGUAGCAGCUGUGGCCUCCCUCCCUCCUCCUUCCUGUCGAUGAAGCCAUGGAUUCACUUCUCUCUGGCAUCUUUUAACUCUGGUUUUACUUCUUUCUGUUCUUUAGCAUUAAGGCUCCACUGAUCAGACUUCACAGGGGGACAAGUCUGCUAGCUGUUGAUAAUAGUGUGGGGGACAUUACUGAUUAUGAAAAACACAUGAUCCAUCGUGGCAGUGUUAAAGGACAGUGCCUAAACUCUUAUUUUGUGUCCUGAAAGACUCCUUAAAUCCCACAAGUUUUUCUUUAGUUUUAAGUGUUUGAGGUUUAGAUUUGCAGGUAGGACCCCCCCCCCCUCCGCCGGUUUUAAUACGGGACAAAGGGUCUUUUAAUGUUGGACUUUCAGAGGUGAUCCCAUAGUAUGACUUGUUGUUUUGUCCUCCUCAGGUGCGUUGGAACCAGUAAAUCCAAAAACACGCAGCACAUUUUUCUGUCAGUCUUCAGGUUGUGACUGCAGUGUGCUGCUGGGGGGGGGUCUGUGAAUGGAACAGUCUGUCCACAUUGAAUGGAUGAGAUGUUGUUUUUAACCCGGUGCAUAGUGAUGUAGUUUUGUGUGUGUGUCUGUGUGGUUCUGUCUUGGGGGGUGGGGCGGAUUUUCUUUACUCCUUUGCCUCCUAACCUCCCUCUUGACCACCGAACCCUCUGCCAUCAAUUACACCUCUGGCCAUCUUCUACUUAGACCUUGUUUAAAACUCGCCGUCUGUCCGAGGGGCCGUUCACAUGUCGCCGUUUUGCUCCCUCAAAUCCGUUGUUUUCAAUGUAGGCGUUGCGGAGGGCGCACUCAAACACCAGAGCGACACCAUUGCAGUGCAAGCGUUCCUAAGCACCUAUUUUUCAGGGAACGACGGCUGCUCUCCGAGAUAAAUAUAGUUCAACUUUUGGAACGCUGCAGCGCGCACUGCACAUCAUGUGACGCGGAACAACCAAUAUCUGUUCUCUCUCCAGUAAAUACGUGGAGGACAAAGCUUUCCAUCUGUCCCACGGAGCGUUUUAAUGAGUGAUGACGUCACAACAUCCAGAUGAAAGGCCUGUCUGACUCCGACACAUGGAGCAGUAAAGUUACUGUGACGGACUGACGCUGCUGGAUAUCCAUUUCUCUUUGUUUUAGUCACUGAGACUUCCUGCUAAAUUAUCACAACUUCAUCUUCAUCUUCAUCGUCAUCACAGCACGCAGGUUUCGGUUGCUUAGUAACGGUGGGCGUGACUGGAGAGCAACCUCCCAAGCACCUUGGAUGAAAGGAUGAGAGCCGGCGUUUUCCAUGUGUUUUUAAGCGUGGCGUGUUAGCGGCCUCUUAUUGAUGACAUCAUGUACGGGAGCUGCAGCCUGAUGUCUGGACGGGCCACUCCAGUAACAGCCCGGUAUACACUACAAAGAGCACACGUGAUAAAUGAUCAUCAUCAUACUACUGGCGUACUGAGCAAACAAGGAGCUGGUCAAUCCAUCAAAACUCCACCACGAGGCACGGUGGUCGUUCUAUGUUUGUGUCCAGUUGCAGGAUCAUGUUGGAGAAACACAUCCUAGUAAGCAAAACAAACAACUCCCGAAGCGAGUUUGGUCGGAAUCGGCCAACAUACCCGUAUGUGCCGGUCUGAUGGAUUUUACACACGAUCUAGUUGUAUUAUGGGAAAUGUAGGCUCAAGGAGGACUCCUUUCUUCGCCCCUGUUGCUUCAAUUUUUACCAUUUCUCUUUCAAUCUAUUUAAAAGUCCAACGACUCUACGGAAGCGUAUACUAAAAUGCUAGAGUUGCUAAUUCCACUCAAUACAUUAAAUCUAUGGUGACAUUUCAAAAGCGAUGGAGCACUAUAAGGUCAGAGACACGUGGACUAAAGAAGUCCCCAGGCUUAAUGGAACUAGUUUGGGACAUCAUGAGGAGGUCAGACGAGCGAUGUGAUAGUCCGGGUGGAAAAUGGACCGGUGAGCUUAAACAUCAGGCGGUUCUGAGGGAGAGGUUCUGGAGAGUUGUCUUAAGGAGGCCCCAGCGGUACCGGAGCUGCUCCUGUGGCUCUUUUCCAUCCGACCAAUGAAUCCUGAAGAUUUUGAAGUAGAAAAUCCUCGAUGUGGUAGACCGGUUGCAGAGUAUUGUAGACCAUUUUAUGUAGUUGGAGGGAGGGGGGGGGAGUAGGGGGGGUUGUAGUGGUAAUUUGUACAUGUUUGUUCUGUUGUCGUGUAUAGGAUGUGCUUACUCCGUCUGCCACGUCCAUACGAGCCGCUGUACGGCUCUGGAUGACGGCGGCGUACAGAGGGACUGGGAACGCCUCACUCCAUUAGAGUUUUUUUAAAUAUACCUCACCUGUGGGCUUGAAAAACAAACAAAAAAAGUGAUGAUUAGCUUGUUUGUCUCACUGAUGAUGGCUUUGGUAGAUGCAAGUACACUGUACAAGGGAUCAUAGUUUUCCAUGUCUGCUUCUCUGUUGUUUCUUAUUUCGUCACCUCCUGUCCUGUUUUGCUUUUAACUGUGCGGUGGAUAUCAUGUCCCACAAUGCAUCUCUCACUGUGGAUUCAUGGGAAAUCUUUCUUUCCACUCCCACCUUAAGACUUUUGCUCCUCAUUUGUAAUGCCACUGUAUUUGUGUAUUUUAAAAGUGUAAAUAAAUUAAUAAGUACUUGUAUAUGUUGCUUUUUAUUGAUUUGGCCGGCUGAUAUUAAAAGAGACAUUUAGA